AUGCGAUGGCGCGGGGGGCGAGGGGGUUCCGUCGUCGCGAAACCGUUCAGCGGCAACGACAUCGCCAUUGUUCAUCUCUCCAGAAACUUCACGUUCGACGAUUACGUCCAGCCGAUCUGCCUGCCGUCUUCGGACGAGAAAAAUCUGGACGGAUGCACGAAUUACGCAUACGGAUGGGGGGCCACGUCCGCACCGAAUGGCGAGCAGAGUCCGAACCUGAAGAAAUUGAGAGUUCACGUGAAGAGCAUGGCGUUUUGCUCCAGUCCAGGGAAGUCCAAGUCCGGUCAGCUCUGCAUCUCGGCGACUGAUGGACCGGCUGGUGUCUGCUUCGGAGACAGCGGGGGUCCAGUGGUGACAACCUACAACUGGAGGUCUUUCCAGAGCGGCAUCACGUCCUACGGAUACACGAGUUGCACGAAGAGCAACGUUUACACCCGGGUCUCCCACUUCAGCGACUGGAUAGCCGCAAACGUGAAGUGAAGGCGGGACCGUUCGAGGUUGGGGCUGCACGGGCAACGAGGGAGGCACACUCCCAACGUGACGAGGAUGAGACGUGUGUGCGAGGCGGAUUUCUUUCUUCUCCGCUAGAUGGCGGGUGAAACGAAGGCAUGAUGUCGGGGACGGAACGCGUAUGUAUUAAAUGUGGGGAUGUUAGUGUUGGUUCGUAAGUUUGUUCUUGUUCUCGCCUCGGGAGAGAGCAGUCCUAAGCCGGGUGAUGUUAAUAGCAUGUUUGUAGCAUGUUGUCUUUAGAAAG